AAAAUCAAUAAAAGAUGUCAAAAUCACCUUCAGUAUUGGAGAUAAAUGAACAGUAUAAUUAUAAGGUUGAGCAUCUCUCAAGAUCUCUAUUCUUUUCUCCCCAUCUCUAACUAUAUUGUACAGCAAGUUCAGGAGUUGAGUUUUGAUCAUAUUGAUAUGCUGCAACAGUUUAAUAUAAACGCUACGGAUAUCACUAAGUUACGUAAUGGUGGUAUCAGUACUGUUAUGGCUGUAUUGCAAGUUACACGUCGUCAAUUGCUCAAAAUAAAGGCAUUUCUAGUCAAUAUACUGUUGCAGUCUGUACUCAUACUAGUUUAGGGCUUAUCUGAAGUUAAAGUUGAGAAAAUCAAAGAAGCAGCUCAAAAGUGUUCAAAAACUGGUUUCUUGUCUGGUACAGAGGUGGCCUUGAAGCGCAAAAAGAUUUGCAACAUUUCCACAGGCUCUAAGCAAUUUGAUGCAGUCUUAGGAGGUCAGCUAUGUUAGCUGUAGUAGCUUUCUUGCUGAAAUUUCCUAGCUGGUAUACAAUCACAAGCAAUCACAGAGGUUUACGGUGAAUAUAGAACUGGAAAAACUCAACUUUGUCAUACGGCCUGCGUUACUGUUCAAUUACCAGUGGAAAUGGGCGGUGCAAGUGGUAAGGCUGCCUACAUUGACACUGAAGGUACAUUCCGUCCAGAUAGGAUAAGGUCUAUUGCGUCAAGAUUCAACAUGGAUGAGGAAGCAGCUUUGGAUAAUAUCACCAUCGCACGCGCAUUCAAUUCUGAGCAGUCAGCAUGAUCAUAGGUGUUCUUCAACUCUAAUUGCAAUAUAGGCAAAUGGACUUAAUAAACACUUUAGCGGCGAAAAUGGCAGAUGAAGGCGGUAUUUACAAGGUGCAAUGGCUGAAUGUUGAUAGACCAACUGACAACAACAUAGUUGGUCAUCGUCGACUCUAUACUUGCCUUGUUCAGAACCGACUUUAGUGGACGCGGAGAAUUAUCUGAGCGGCAACAAAAACUAAACCAGGUGGCUUGGUUUAUAUAACGGAAGUGAUUCUAUCUAACUCAACAUAGCAUCUUUCGCGUCUUAUACGUCUCGCUGAGGAAUUCAAUGUUGCAGUCUUAAUAUCAAACCACGUGCAAGCAGACCCAGGUGCAAUGACGACCUUUGCUGCAGUUGAUAAGAAACCUGUCGGUGGACACGUACUUGGUCACGCUUCGACCACUAGAAUAUACCUUCGUAAAGGAAGAGGUAACGAGCGUAUAGCUAAAUUAUCAGAUUCUCCUGAUUUACCAGAAAGCGAAGCUACUUAUGCUCUUGGUAUAGGUGGUAUUGAUGAUGCCUAAUGAGGCUGGUUGACAUUCCCGCUGUAUUUUCUCAACUUUCUCGAGCUUACUACUUAAGACUCAUUAAGCAAAUAAUUUAUUGUUACAAAAUACAAA